AUGUACUCAAUUUGUAAGAAGCUUAAGCAACUAAGAGGAGCUCUUAAAGACAUUAACAAGAAGCAUUAUUAUAAUAUCAGUGAGCAAGUUCAAAGAGCUAAGUUUGCACUUGAAGAAGCUCAAAGAAACCUUCAGAUCAGUCCUCUCAAUCCAGAAUUCAUCAAGCUUCGGGAUUGUGAACUUUCUUUUUUUCAGCAAAAAGCUAGGAUUAAAUGGAUUGUUCAAGGGGAUAGGUGCACUAAUUUUUUCCAUUCAAGGAUAAAAUCAAAUAGACAUCAUAAUAAAGUGUUGGUGCUCUAUAAUAACUUGGGACAAAGAUUAUCUGAUCAAGAAGAGAUUGCCAAUGAACUGACCAGUUUCGAAAGAAAAAUUAAAAGUGCUAUCUUAUCUAUAGAUGAUAAUAAGGCUCCAGGCUCGGAUGGAUAUAGGGUAGCAUUCUACAAAUCAGCUUGGCCUGUGGUUAGGGAGGAGGUAUCAUCACCUAUUCUGGACUUCUUCAAGGAUGGAAAAAUGUUAGGAAUGGUCAACUCUACUUCCAUCACCCUAAUACCGAAGGUUUUAGCAAAUAGAAUAAAACCAAUAAUUGGGUACAUUGUGAAUGAGGCCCAAAGUGCAUUUGUCAAGGGGAGACAAAUUACCAGUAACAUUUCCUUGGCUCAUGAGCUAGCUAAAAAUUAUACCAGGAAGAACAUCUCACCAAGAAUCUUGAUGAAUAUUGACAUUAGGAAAGCUUUUGAUACAAUCAACUAG